GAGCACGACGCCUGCCGUUAUUCACAUUUCUGAGCAAUACCAUGAAUAAAAAUAAAAUAUGUUUAUUACACUUAUGACUACGCACGACAAUAACGCUGAAUACAUUUAAUACAAUGAUUUACAGCACAGCAGCUUUUAUAAUGUUCGUUGGACCAUAGUAUGUGAAAUGUGUAGUAAGAUCCCCGUCUCUUGUCUGGAGCCUGGUCAGUCACAUGCGCGCUCGGGAAUAAUGGCUGCACAGGAUCCCUCACCACCAUCUUCAUUAGAAGGCAACAAACCUGGCUUCCCCAAGAAAAUACUCGCCAACAAGCUGGAGGACAAGCAUCUGUGCAAUAUCUGUCAGAAAAUCCUUAGGAGACCGUUUCAGGCGCAGUGCGGACAUCGUUUCUGUUCAUAUUGUUUUAAUAAAGCAGUGAGCUCCGAACCACAGAAAUGCAGUGCCUGUAUAAAAGAGGACAUAUUUGAAGAACCAACAUCAAUUUUGAAACAGGGCUGUGCUUUUCCUGAUAAUGCUGCCAAAAGAGAAGUUGAAGCUCUUGAAGCAGUUUGCAUCAAUGAAGAAUGUAGUUGGACAGGCACCAUCAAAGAAUAUGAGGCAAACCAUGAGGGAAAGUGUGACUUUAGAAUCCUUCCCUGCCCAUCAUGUAAAGAGCUUCUGAGAGCCAACGAACUUGAGCGACACAAUGAAAGAGAAUGCCCAGAAAGGACUCUGAAUUGUAAAUACUGCAAGGAGCCUUUUCAUUUUAAAAAUAUUAAGGCCCAUGAUGAGAUAUGCCCUAAAUAUCCAAUGAUUUGUGAAGGCUGUGCCAAGAAAAAAAUCCCCAGAGAGAAAUAUGUGGAUCACAUUAAAGUAUGUUCCAAAUUCAGAACGCCCUGCAGAUUUCAUGUUAUAGGCUGUGAUAUGACGGUGGAAAAGGAGAAGAUCCAUGACCAUGAGCAAGCCUGUUCCUACGAGCACUUAAACCUCCUACUACAUUUCAUCAUGGGCAUCAAGGUGAACUUGGAGAGUCUACAGCCUCAGAAUCUGGAGUUGGCUAGCCACAAAAUCCAUGAAUUGCAUCAGUCUCUGCAGGAGCUGGAGCUGAAGAUGGGCCAGCUGAAUGGAGCGGGGGCUUCUGUGCAGGGGGCCUGCGCACUGUUGCCUCCACCACCAGCUCCAACACUUGGUACGUCUUUCACCCCCCUUCCUACUGCCAUUGGGGCAGCCUUGGAGCUGCAGCUACACAGCGAGAAGACCAAAGUGGUGGAGCUCAGCCGUCGCUGUCAGGAGCUGGAGCUGAAGGUAAGCACCUUUGAGAACAUCGUCUGCGUGCUCAACCGUGAGAUGGAGCGCUCUGCCACCACCAUGGAGGCCUAUAACCGCCAGCACCGUCUUGACCAGGACAAGAUUGAGAUACUAAACAACAAGGUACGGCAGUUGGAGAGGACAGUAGGCCUAAGGGAUCUCUCCAUCGUGGAGAUGGAGUCAAAGAUGAGGGAGAUGUCUGCUGCCACCUACGAUGGUGUCUUUGUCUGGAAGAUUUCCGACUUCUCCAAAAAGAGACAGGAUGCUGUAGCUGGACGGGCGCCAGCAAUGUUUUCUUCUGCAUUUUACACAAGCAAAUAUGGAUACAAGAUGUGUUUGCGCAUCUAUCUGAAUGGGGAUGGGACGGGUCGUGGUACUCACUUGUCUCUGUUCUUCGUGGUGAUGAGGGGACACAGUGAUGCCUUGAUCAAGUGGCCUUUUAACCAGAAGGUCACUCUGAUGUUGCUUGAUCAGAACAACAGAGAACACAUUAUUGAUGCCUUCCGGCCGGACAUCUCCUCUUCCUCCUUCCAGAGGCCUGUCAGUGACAUGAACAUUGCCAGUGGCUGCCCACUCUUCUGCCCUCUUUCCAAACUAGACUCCAAAAACUCCUACAUCCGAGAUGACACUAUCUUCAUCAAGACCAUCGUUGACCUCACAGGCCUUUAAGGUGUACAAUGUCGCUGCUUUGCAAUGCUCCUUUCUCCAGCCUUUAGUGGUUCCCAUGCAGUACUUUUUCCUAAGCCCUGUUCCUUCAGUUCGAGCUCCUUUCUGUGCUUGUAUGAGCCUAAAGAGACUCCAGGACCCAGUGCAAUACUGCUAUGGGCUUUAUGCUACUCUGCAUUAUGUACCAAAAGUGUUCCCAGAGUUUGUGCAGUUCUACUGUAAUAUAGUUGCCCUUUGGGAACUCUCCCUCUCUCGUAGUGGGAUAGCUGUCAGCUGUGAUUGUAACUUAACUAAUUGCCUGUGCCAUUAAUGUGGCACCUUGCCUUUUAAAGAGAUUGGGAAGACUUUCCUCACAAGACAGACACCAUUCCAUUUGCAAGCGCAGGGCUUGUGUUACGGUCACUGUUUGGGUACUUUUUCUUUUCUUAGUGUUAGACCUACUCGUAAGUGAAUGUUUUGUGCAUAGACGAACAUGGAGUCACACUUAACGAAUGAUGUUGACACAACAACAUAGUUAACUUCUUUCAUAAUCUAAGUAUGCGCAUCAAUAGUCUUCGGACAUUCCCUAUUAGCAUCGUGUGCAAUCAAAUGUUUCAAAAGUCCAGUUCUCAUUGGUUCUCUGUAGUGGUGGACAUUGCUUGAAUUCCCUGAAGUCCAAAGCGCAGAAUUUUGGUUUUGAUAGCUGCUCGCGAGUACAGGAGUUGUGUGAAGGUGACGUGUUUUUGGCCUUCAUUUCCAUUUUGGUGUUUUUUGAUGUAUUAGUUUGCAUGUUGGAUCUGUGGAAGAUACAUUCAAGUUAGCAACAGACCAGGUUUAUAUACUGAGCCUGAGAAGCGGGCGGAUGCUAGUUUCAUUGUAAAUCGCUGUCAAAGAAAACAACAAAAUCAUGCUGGUGUUAAAAUCAUCCAGUUCUUUUAAACCUCUAAUGCCUCAUCAGCCGAUGUGGUUAUACAGUACACAAACAAAAGUUGCAGCCUUUAGCAUAAAGGUAGUGUAAGUAGGACAGAUAACCCCGUGUGCUUUAUUGUGAUGUGGAAAAGCUGAUGUUGAUUAGCAUUUUGAUGUUUUCCUGUGUUUUGGGUGUUCUGUUGAUAUUGUGCUGCUUUGGGCAAACGUUACGGAUGCCAUUUAAACUAUAUGACUUGCUUUGGAUUGUGUUGAUCAGUAUAAACCAAACAGGUGUUUGGGAACGCCUAGUCAGUGAUUCCUGUCAUCUUUAUCCCAGAAAGACCAUGGGAUUUCCAUUCUGUAAAUGUGCUAGAAAAUGAGGAAUGUGAUUGCCAAUGCCAUUUUAAAGUAGCCUCAGUCCUUAAUAGACAGUUCGAUACAUCAAUGUCCAUAAGAUUGUUUAAUGAGAAGAUUUUGUUUAUUUGCAACCAGAGAAGGCAUUACUUAAACAUAUACAAUGCAUAACUUCUACAUAAGGGCUUUUAGUAUACUUAUACAUGGUAUGUCUUCCAUGUGAGCUUUCCGGUCUGAUUAUUUCCUGAAAUGGAGUCGGAGACACUUUUUAAGAUGACUUCAUGCUAACAAAGCACCUGGACCCAGCCUAUUUUCAAACCAGUUCCCACAGAUAUCAAAACAUCUCUGUGCAUGAGAUGUUUUGGUAGAGAAGAAAAAAGCAUAUUGUCAAUUAUUGGUUUACCUUUUAGACCAACAUUUUAUUUGCAUUUGCUUUACCUUUUUUAUCUGUUGAUUGAGAUGCAGUAUAUGACAGUAAUAAAUGUGAGUGUGGUAUAGGCCUAUUGUUUAUUUAAGUAUAAAUAGAUAACCUAAACAGUGUACACAGUUUUUAUGACUGGUGUAGCUGUCAAUAUAAUACAUAUGAAUCAUAAGUAUAUAUAAUAGAUUUAUAUUGAUAAUAUACGUACUAUUUCCUGAUGGGAUGGUUUCAAAAUGUGUUUGGGCUCAUUUUGGGCUUUGGUAAGUUCUCCACUUUGGCAGCAUCUUCUGAAGGAAUGAGAUUUUGAAAGAUCUUUCAGGUUUUUCUCUCUCUCAAGAACCUGUCUACAUUAAUAAAUCUCUCCGUUGAAGAUUUCCCAGCUUGCUUUUUGCCCCAAAGAGAUUUCAACGUAUUUGUGAAUUGUUCUACAGAUGUGACGUGCCUCUGUAGCAUAACUGCUUCUAUACAAAUGUUCUCUAUACAUAGCUUUAGCUAAACAUUGCAUGUGACAAGGGUGUUGUAUUGAAAAUCAUAUAAAAAUUAUUCUUUGAAGUUUUUUUUAAUCACAUUUUAUUUUUUGAGUAAUUGUAACAUUGUUGUAGUGCACACAUUUUAGCUUGUGCAAUUAUACAAGUGCCCUUCCUGUUUUUGAGUGUGAAAUCUACUUUUUGCAUUCACUAUUAUCUGGGCUCAUGAGGUGAAAGGGAAAUGCUUGAUCUUAUAUGGGUGAGAGCCCCUUUAUUUGUAAUAAGUUAUUUCACUCUUACCAUAGUCGUAUCUUUGGAUAAACACACACUACAAUAUAAAUGUGAUAUUUUUUACGUUUUUGCAUACAGUUGCAUACUUUACAGAAGCUAGGGUUGAUUUUUUUUUUUUUCUUUUUCAGCUGACUAAUAUUUGUAUAAUUUUUAUAUCCGGGUUUGCUUUUCAUAGAAGUUCCUUUAAUAAUCAAAAUUUGUAUGCAACUUUGUAUGGUUUUCUCAUGGUGUCAGUGCUACUGAUCUUCCUGAUUCUGUUUUACAGAGAGAAAGAGUUAUUGUGAUGGCACUGUGGUUUCUUCUGCAAAUUGUGGUAGUAGAUGUGCCAAGGAAGGAACCUCUGUGUAAUUCAUUCUGUGUUGCAAUUUAACCCUCAAUGAAAUAA